UGCCAGCUCGGUCUUUGCCCAGGCCGCCGCAGCUCUCGCUCCCCGCCCUUUGCUCUGCCUGCUCUCUGUGGGUGUGAAUGAGUGGGCGACGGGGGCGUGAGCGGCUGUGACUGCGCCGGGUUCAGCGUGAUUUACGGCUCUGCUGAAAACUGCUUUUCCCCGCAGCAGCAUCACCGGCAUCGGCGGCGGCAGCACCGGCAGCGGCGGCGACGACGACGACAGCAACAAGUCAGGAUCUGGAAAGUAAUGCAACAGAACACUUUAGAAGAAAGCAGAUACCCCUGGCAGGAGUCCUUUGAAAAUGUCAAUGUAUGUAUGCCAUUCCGUUGCCCACGAUGCGGGGACCACACUAGAUUCAGGACCUUGUCAUCUCUGAGAGCCCAUCUAGAAUACAACCAUAGUUACGAAGAAAGAAGCCUUCUGACAAGAUGCAACCUGUUUUCUUCCCUCAAAGAUGGAGACCUGAUUUCUUCUUCCGAGCCCCUGACACAAGGCAUGCUUGGGGAUAGCACUAAUGUAAUGAAACCAAAGUUGUCCUACCUAAACUUCUGCGACACAGCACAUGAGAACACAAAGAACAGGAAGCCCUUGGAAGUGGAAGCUGAAAGGCCUGUGUCUUUUGGGUCAAAUUACACAUCAGGAGAGUCUACUGGUGAGCCAAUUUCUAAACCGGGGUUGGCAGCAACAGACUCGAAAGCCUCGUUUGAGGCCCACGUGAGAGAGAAGUUUAACCGAAUGGUAGAAGCUGUAGAUAAAACAAUAGAGAAGAGGAUUGACAAGCUUACCAAAGAGCUGGCCCAAAAGACAGCCGAACUCUUGGAGGUUCGGGCAGCUUUUGUGCAGCUUUCUCAGAAGAAACAGGAAGUGCAGAGGCGAGAGAUGGCCCUAAACAGACAAGUGGAUGUUGCAGUUGAGAUGAUUGCAGUGCUGAAGCAACGGCUUACAGAGUCUGAGGAAGAGCUCCAUAGGAAGGAAGAAGAAGUAGUUACGUUUAAUCACUUCCUGGAGGAAGCAGCUGAGAAGGAGGUUCGCGGCAAAGCCAGACUCCAUCAUUUCAUUGAGAAUCUGCUGCAGCGGGUUGAUCUGGCAGAGAAGCAGUUAGAAUAUUAUCAGAAUCAGCAGAUAAUGGGCAACUAUAGUGAUGUCAAUGAACACGUGGAGCUCAGUGGAGUAUGUGGUUCUCCCUUCCUUCCCUGCCCAUCAUUUUAUUCUCAAGUUUACGGACAUCUCAUUCAGCGAGGAAAUCAGCAUGCUUUUUAUAACACUCCUGAUGCGAAACCUCAUUCCCAUCAAAAAGGACGCAUGCAUCUGAAGAAAGCCAAGGAGGACAAAAUUGGUGCUCAUCCCAUUAAAUUAUUUUAUGAACCAGGUGACUGUUCGAGGGACCUUUGGAGACCUCCAAAGAAAGGGGAUGCAGCAAAUGCUGCCCGGAAGGUUAACGCAAAAUCAAAGAUCAGUAAAAAAGGCAAACAGCUCUACUGAGAGUCCAUAGAGAAUAUAUAUUAUCUAUCUAAACUAAUCUGUUAAUCUAUAAACACAUAUUGCAAGAGCUGGUAGCUUUGCGCUACUGCAAAUAGAUAUUAAAUCACACCCAUUGCUUAAUCACUGUAUCUUACCCUAUUCAUUUUGGGCAAUGACUUGAUAUAUUUAAUAGAUGAUAUUAUUAAUCCAUAAAUAUAGAAGACUAACUUAACUGCCUCAUUUCCAGGACUUUGGUUGUUUAUGUGAGGUGACACGUUAUUUUUACAAGAGCUGGUUUCAGUUGAGUCCAGCAUUUCACUCUAUUGGCAUAGCUGUAAUUUUAUUUAUAAUUACAUUAAUUCAUUUUGACAGAUGGGUUCAUCAUAAGUCUAUUUGCUGCUUCAAGUUAGAGGAAUUCCUUCUCUUGGCACCUUGAUAAAUUAGCUCUCCUUGGUUUACUUUGGGAGCAAUUGGUGAGGAAUAGGUUUAGAGACUGAUCUUAUAGGUCUAAAUGCACUUAUUAUAUAGUUGAGUGUAUCUUUCUGAUUUCAGGGCAUAAACCAUAUGAUUGCAUUUCUGCACUAACAAGCAGCUAUGAGGAAUGUGCAGGGAUUAUCACCUCCCUCUCCUGCCUUGCUGCUGCUUUCUCCUACUACCCAGGAGGACAGGCAGUGUGGAAGGAUUUGUUUGGAAGCCCAGUGAGCUGCAUUCUCCCCCUAGCCAGGAAAAUGCAGGGUCCAAUUAGCUAUGAUGGCUGGUCCUCACAGGCAAGCACAGGAACCAGUACCUGCUGCUGGAAGAAGAUACUGUAGAUACCCUUGAGCUGUUCAAAGAGCCAUGGGCCAUUUUCUGUGAUGCUUUCCUCAGUGGCUAAAGCAAGAACCUCCCUCCCAUACAUGAGUAUGGUUAUUCCUAUGGUGCAGACACUACUGCCGUAAAGUACUAUAGCAGGCUUGCUCAACUUUGGCCCUCCAGCAGAUGUUGGCCUACAACUCUCAUAAUCCCUGGUUAUUGGCCACUAUGGCUGGGGAUUAUGGGAGUUGUAGUCCAAAAACAGCUGGGGGACCAAAGUUAAGCAGGCCUGCACUAAAGUAACUAUCUCUGUGCCUUGAGGGCCAGUGCAAAUGCAGCCAUUUACUUAUAUCUGUUACAUUUGUCUCCCACCCUCCACCCAAGAAGUUCAGGAUGGUAUACGUGAGGGUUAUCCUGUUUCAUCCCCCUAGAUUGGAGUGCGUGCAAGUUGCAGGCCCAAGGCUAUCCAGUGAGCUUCCCAGUUGAGUGGGAGUUCCAAACUCAGGUCUUCCUGGCCUAAGUCCAAACACUUAGCCACAGGACCACUUUGGCUCUUUAUACGCUUGAGCCUCUCUCAUUGUGACACUUCAUAUUGCAGAUAUCUGCACUUCUGUGCCAUUCGUGCUACUUUGAGUUACUGAUUUGUUAUUCUAAAUCCAAACUUUUGUGCUCACUUUGCAGAACCUACAUGUUAUUAUGGCUGCCAGAUGUAGGCUUUACCUAGGGUCAAGUUCUGAACCGUAUUGCCCAAAAGAAUGAUCUCGAGGCCAAUGAUAUGAUGCUGUCACAUUACUAAAGCUAAUCAGGGCUCAGUCUGAACAAUGCCUGGAUCCUCGUGUAAGGGAUCCCCAUGUAAGCUACUUUAGCUUUCUGAAGGAGGAGUGGAAUACAGAAGUGAUAAAUAAAUUGUCAUAAUUGUCCCCUAGUGUAACUACUAGGUACCAGUAACAGAACUUCCAGCUCAGAGGAAGUCUCCUGCUUCACCCAUUGUCCAUGGAAUGUGCCAAGACCUUCAAUUAAUCCAUCAACUUAAUCCUCUUUAAUUGGGCUAGGGGAGCAACAUACGGUUCACAAGCCAAAAAUGGCCCAUCAUUUUGCUUAGCAGAAUUAUUUAUUUAUUUAUGUAAAAUAUUUAUACCCUGUUCCUCCAGCGCACUACUGCUCAUGGUGGCUUACAACAAUAAAAUAGAUACAAAACACAAUAAAAGUAAUAAAAUUAACCAAGUCAAACAAACAAGUUAAAAGGUUAAAAACCACAAUAUGAGUAGUGGGUUGUCUAGUUUAUUUAUUUUUUCUUGUAUUUUUUUCCUCAUAACUCUGCCCACCUUGAGUGCAGUUGACCCCAGUGUUUUGAUGGCCUUGGGUGUGGCAUAUUGGCCAGCAGAGUACCAAUGUUACUUGCUCUAUAAUGGAUUCAACUGUGGCCUAGUUCUCACCAAAGUGGUAAAGCUGCACCUGGUCAGGACUGCUUUUGACUACAGGUGGGGGCUUACAGGAUAACAUGACCCUCUCGCCCCAAAAAUAUUCCUACAGAUAGAAAAUGAAUAUGUCAAAGAUAAGAAUAGGCUUGAACUCAUUUAUUAUUUAUUUAUUUUUCUAUAUAAAUGUCUUUGGAAAGCGCUUUUUUUUUUGGAGAAGUGGUAUAGAAGUAGUAGUAGUAACCCUUCUUUCUGACAACUGUUUUGUUUUUGAUGGGGAAAUGUUUUGUGUAGAGGAGCAUUCAGUCAUUUGAGUCUCCACCUGAGUUUUCCUGAGUUUACCACCUCAGUGAGAAUUAGGCCUAUAUUUCAUUCUCUCCCAAGUAAUAUCUGCAUUUGCUGUUGGCUGCUAGUCUACAAACUUUCACUCAGUUAUUACACAUCCCCAAUUACAUUAGAUUUUGAUGCUUAGAAUAGUCACAAAACUCAGUGGAAAUUUUAUAAGGUUUGUAUUUGGCCCUAGCCAGCCAAGAAUGAACCCUUCCUGAAAGAAUGGGGUGAAUCUCACAAUCACCCUAGGCAGGCAGGGAGGGCGUGGGGGGAAGGCUGUUUUCCACUUACAUUCCCCCCCACUCCGCAGACAACCAAGCAGGUUGGCUUCGGCGCGCCUCCCAUGUACCCACACAGACAGCCCUGCUCCAUGCAGCUCCAUGAAGUAUGGAGCAGGGCGGAGGAAUCUGUGGCCAGAACUUGUUGUUCUGGCCUCCAGGCAUCCUGCAGUGCAAUGCGCACGACAGGCGCGUUGCAUUGGGGAUCCCACUCCCACGAUGGGCGCUCUAUGUGCCUGUCUCUGUGAUUGCAGCCCAAGGAAUCAUACGAUUCCCAGUAGCCGGGUUAAGGGUUAAGCACCCUUAACCUCGGUUAAAAGUUGGAUUUAUUAAGGGGGUUAGGCAGGAGGAGAGGGGAGGGAUCUGUGAGGAUCCCACUGCUUCUUACGACCAACCUAAUGCUGCUUGGGGUGACCCAGGCAGGGUUAGGCUGGUCGUGAGAAAAGCCUCCUUUCCUGGCAUGGAUGAUAUGAAAUCUCAGCAAGGCAACCUUGAAUAAAAAUAGUUGCAUUUUAAAACCAUCUUCUAUUUUUUUGCAAUGAACUACAGAAGGCAGCAAUCCAGAAUAAGAUGAGCCAUCAACAUAACCAAUUAAUUGAUUAAAUGUGAUUAAUUGAUUAAAUGGUUUAAUUUAAUUGAUAAAUGUGCAUACUACCAAAACCUCAAUAUAGGUUUCCCUCUGAGAUAUUAAUGAAAGUGCGAGAAAGCUUAUGGUUUAAUAAACAAAAGCCGCCACUCACCGUUAAUACUAUCUUUAAUAUUUAUUUUUCACUUCCUAUGACCUUAAUAUUCUAGAACCAAAAUAGCCUCGAUAUGUAAACAAGCGUCCCCUUAAUUUUCAGCCUUACUUACUAAAACUGGUUAAAACAAGAUUAAAACAGGUCCCUACCUAUUCAUCAGCUAAAGCUUUGGUUGAUUGAUCUAAUUAACCUAACUGAAGUUUGCAGCCCUAAAAAUGAGGUUCAUCUUCCUCAAUAGCCAAGCCAGAGAAACAGCCUUGCAUGCUUGUUAGUAAGAGACAAACUGCAUUAAUGGCACCAUUUCAAAUCAUGCCACUUCUUGUAUGUAGGCUUCAGUAAACUGAUGGCUUUAACCUUGAAUUGAUCCAAGUAAAUUUUCUUCUUGCUGAUUCACUAAAGUUUUAUCUUGAACCUUUAAUAGAAAUGAGUGCAAUUAAUGGGUAUCACAUUUUGUUGAGGUUCGGCAGGUUUUAUGAGCUAUAUUUUUAGAGUUUGUUUUUUAAGCUUUCAGAUUCAAAAUAGUGUUUGACUUGUUGCUUGUGUUUACAUUUUUGCUGUUUUGCACUGACUUAUGAUGGCCUACUGUCAAUGCUCAUGGCAGGGGCAGGUGAGGCAAAAAGAGGCAGCAGACAGAGUUACCAGAGAUUAGGGCUGGAGUGUGGAACUGGAGCAACAAUGGGGUCAGGAACCAGUGGGAACAGCAGACUUGAGUAGGCUUUCCAGAGAGCUUCUCAGGGCGAGUUGCUGUACCAUCAAGGUCUGGGUGCAAAUGAAGGGUUGAAAUAGGAGCAGGAAGCUCCUCCCCUUCCUGGAGUUAGCUUGGCCUGAGAUCUACACUUGCUUUCUCCUUGUCCUGACUAGGCCAAUUUGCAGGAAAGCUACAGGCAUCCAGGUGGGCACUCUGCCAGUUUUGGAUGCUAUCCCAGAUCUGGUGCUGCCAGUGGCCCACCAUUGAUCUUGGAGUCCUGGAGGAAAUUGAGGACAGUCUGAAGUAGGGCUUGAGGCCCUGAUGCAGGGUGUCAUAUCUUCUGAUCUGUUAGGCUUCUCCAGUGAGGCCAACUCUGACUGUUCCUCCAGGACUGUGGUCACCACAGGAUUGUGAGCAGCAGAGGCUUCUCCAGGGUACAUGUCUGGCUGUGUCCUGACACCUCUCCCCAGUGUACUCUUAGAUCUCAUUACCAUCCUGUUUCUAGCAGUGGGCUUGAUUCUACCCCUGAGUAUAUUAACUGCAGCUAACUUUCCUAGAGCAGGAAUAGCCAACUUAUUGAAGUGGGUGGGGCAGGGCGGGAGUUUCUUCCUGGCUAAGAUGCUUGAGGUUCAUCCCCCAGCCAUGACAUCGUUUCUCAGCAGCCUGGCUAGGGAGUGCCUUCCCCACAAACAAGAAGUUGACUGAGAAGAACUCCUGUAAGGUAAAAAGGGGAGAAAAGGAGAUACACAUUACUUCUUACCUUGCAGGUUCCCUUUCCAGUAGUAUAGAUAUGAUUAGCUUUCAUUUCAUUUAAGUUACUGCUUUUGAUUAAAACCAUGGGAAAGGGUGGUUAGAGGACAGAAGAAUCAGGGCAGGUGCUGGAUGCCUUACUGAGCUGCCAGUUGGCCAUCCCUGAUCAAGAGGCCUGGAAAGACAUUUCUUUUUGAACUGAUCCUUACAAAUACAAUCAAGCCUCUCAGAUCUUAGCACAGCACAUUUGAGCAAAGAUUUUUUUGGCUCAGAAAGACCUAUGGAAUUAUGGAUCUCAGGCUUGUAUAUUCCAUUGGGUUGACUUGUGCCAUUUAGAAGGAUUCUAUUUUUUAUCACAAUGUUCUCCAUUGCAUUUUGUGGAUGUGUUUCGCUAAAUCUGACCUUCACACCAGCUUUACAGGUCUCUAACAUCCUAGCGAUGUUACAGGCAAAACUAGUUUUCGCCAGAAAAAAUAGCUGAGCCACGUCGAUGUGUAAUUUAUUUUUAAAUUCUCCUUAUAAGAGAGAUGUAAAACGUCUUUGUGUGAGGUGGUUUUACAGUAUGUGUAUUAAGACUUGUGGAAAAUGUUAUUGUUUUUUACAACAAUGAAUAUUUGAUAAAAAAUCACUAUGGUUGUGGCAAUAAAAACAGGGUUUACAAUAUAUUUAAUGGAAGUAAAAUACAGGUAAGAGCAUUUGCUGUUGUAUAAAUAAUCCCAAAUGGAAUUUGGUGAUUAAUCAAUCUUAAAUUAUUGUUUUUAUUUAUCUAAAGUACAUGGAACACUCUUUGUAUAUGUCCAACUUUCACAAUGUUAUUUCAAUGUUAUUUCAUAUUUAAAGACUGGUUCACACAUGCAUGUUCAUAUCAGCUGAUGACUGCAGCAUCAGGUAGCGACUCACAUGUGUGGAUGGGUUAUCACUUAUCAGACUUCUGUAUCAUCUCACCAGUUCCAAACUAAUGCUUUUCAAUGGAAUAAGAUCAGACAUUUAUUUAUUUAAAAACUUAUAUCCUGCUUUUCCUUUUUUUAAAAAAGCUCAUAAAAAUAAUUUAAAACAAACAACGGAUAAUGAAAGCAAUCAAAAACAGCAAUUAAUUUAAAAAAACACCUCCAUGAUCCAGACAGAUAUAGUAGAUCACAAAACCCCCAGAAAAGACCUGUUGAAAGAGGAGUACCUUCAGCUGGUGCCACAACACCAACAAGGUGGGGUGCCACAACACUGACAGAUUUACUGUCUGGCCUUGGCCUGGCUCUAAGGCAAGCUGCGGUGAAGAGGGCUCAGUUGCAGAGGUGGCAGAGUAGGGUCAAAAGGGCCAGAGGCAGUAGAUGUUUUCAGGACAGGCUGGGGUCGAGACGCAGAUUGGAUAGACAAGGAUUAGAAGGACCUUAGGCAGAAGCCAUGGUUGAAUGUGAGUGGGGAAAGUGCUGGUUUAUCAAGGUGAGCUGGGGCAAUGCUGUGGCGUUGCUCAAAACUGAGGAGCCAAGCACAGAGCAACUGUUGUAUAGGGCCAGCCAGGCCCCUCUUGGCAUCUCAGGCCAUCCGGGUUGAAGAGCUCCAGUGCCAGUUCCAGCAAUUAUAUGGGUGGUGCUAUAUUGCAGCAGAGAGCAGGCUGAUAACUCCCUCUGUUUGGGAGUUGUGGUGGCACAGGAGUAAGGUGUCUGAACCUUACUGCCAGAGUGCCCCUGUUGCCUUACACUGAAUUUCAGUGGGAAAGAGUUCCAUAGGGUAGGUACCACAACAGAGAAGGCCCUAUCAUGUGUCACCACAAAACAGCUCUCAAAUGGCAACAGGGCAUGCAAGAGAGACCCCACCCCACCCAGGUUCCAUUUAGGGUAGAACUGAACAUUAUAGAGACACUGGGCUGCAUUUGAAACCAGAAACCCCAUGUCGAAUUUCCCCUCCAGUUCCAUAACAUGUAAUACAAUUUACUUUAUAUCAUGACAUAAUUAUGCUGUGCAUGUCUGCAUCCCUCACCCCCAGUUCAUGGUAAAAGACCGUAGCUGAGUGGAAGUGCAUCUGCUUUGCAUGCAGACAGUCCCAGGUUCAAUCCCUGGGUAGGGCUGAGAAAUACCUGUCCAAAAUCCUGGCGAGCCAUUGCCAGUUAGUGUGGUCCUGAGCUAGAUGUACCAAAGGACUGACUCAGUAUAAGGCAGCUUCUUUGUAGCCUGCUGGUGGGAGCAGAGAGAUGCUCAGCAUCAUAUCAGGGCUCAGAACUAAAGAUACUGUAUUACCUGUUCUCGGGGAUGGAUGGAACUCAACAAGGGGCUAUUCUUUUUGAUGGCAGCCUUGGGUUCUUUAUAAUGUGUAGUUCUUCACUCAGCUGCCAAUCGUCUAUAGAGUGGUGUGAUGCAUAUGUGAACCAGCCUGAAAUUAUAAUGAAAUUUUUAGGAUUUGUUGAGGUAUCUCACUGUUCUAUAUAACAUUAUUCUGUGUUACACAUUCUGUGCUGGUGAAAAGAAUUGUAUUGCAUGUUCUUAUUUUGUCUGUCAAGUGCUAUGCGAUGAGAGAUUUCAUUUGCAAUCCAAACAGCUUCAAACUGUUUUCAGUGUUUCUUCUGCUUUGUACACGACUAGCUUUCUUUAAAAAUUUGCGAGGGGGAAUUGCAGCCCAUAUGGAGGAUAUUCAGACAGAACUCAGGGUGGAACUACACGUUGCAGAGAACACGGGAGGCCAGUUCCGGCAUUCAGAGAGAGCGCCACUGAGCAGCCUGGCUGGGCUGGAAGUAGGUGGGAAGUCCCACCCCCAGCCCAUCAUUCACUCUUCAACCCACUCUUCACGCUUAGCGCAGAGUUCAUCUGAAGAGACGGAAGUUGUAAGUGUGCUUGCUUCCAUUCCCAUGAUCGCAAGCGUGGAGAGUGGGUUGAGAGAGUGAGUGAUGGGCUGAAAGGUGGGACUGUAAGCAUGUCCAGUGGUGUUCUGAGCAGGGCUAGGGUGUUGCUCCAAAUGGCAGCCCUGGGUAGAGUUCUCCCCUCCCUGCCCAUAAUGUCUAGCUCAGCCUGCUGUUGUUGGACUAGGACUCACUACAGCACUACAACCUGACUAUUGGCCACUAUGGCUGCAGAUGAUGGGAGUUACAAUUUAACAACAGCUGGAGGGCCAAAGUUAUGCCACCCUGGCCUAGUUCAAUUUAGUACAUGUCCUGAUGCCAUUAUAAUGCAUUUCCAUGCCCCUAUGCCUCAUUAUUAGUGGGUGUGGAGAAACAGUGCACCAUGCUGACAUCAUGGGGUGAGGUGAGCUAGAUGAGAGCCUUUGUCAUGUAAUAGCUGACUCACAAGUCAGGAAGUCCCCAAUUUGAAUCUUACCUCUGGGAUAGCUACCUCUCGUGAGGUAGCCUAAGGCGAACCACAGUCUCUUAGCCUCAGCCCCUAUCUGCGAUAUGGGGAUAAUAAUAUUCACCUACCUUACAAGGUUUUUGUAAGGAUUGUGACAAUUCAUACAAUUAAAAAAAUGUGUUCUACCAGGUUUAGGAGCUGUGUGUGCUCCCAGUUUUUGGUUGUGUGGAAGCAAGGUAGGAGGAAACACUACCCAGGUUUUCCCCCCUACCUUGCUUCCACACAAUCACUUCUACCCAGGUUCUCCUCCUACCUUGCUUCCAAAUAACCCAAAACCAGGAGCACAGUUCCCAAACCUGGGUAGAACACAGUUUUUGAUUGUGUGAAUUACUUCAUUGUAUGGGAAGCACUUCAAACAUUUGAAAGUGCUAUAUAAUAUUAUUGUUUUGCAGAGGAGGGGGGAUAAACUUGAAAAAAGGCCACUGUUUUUUCCCAUUAGUCCAAUGUUCUUUGUAACAUGUAGUUCUGCCCUAAAUACAGUAGCUCAUUCUUUACUGAGUCAAGGAUGAAGUAGUCUCCACAUUCUUAAAUACUUUAGCUACACUUUGUGACCAUGAGUCACUAAAGAGAAAACCAUGGUUGCAUAUGGAUAUGCUUAGUUUUCAUCUUAUUUAAGUUGCUUAAAAAAAAAAAAUCUAAAGCACUGUAGGCUGCAUGUGUCAUUUUCCCAAUUCUUGAAUUGGUCAAGUCAUCAUAUGCUGAAUCAAUCAGUUACAAAGCAGUUGGAAUGCACUGUAACCCCAGAAAAAGAUGUUUUCAACAACUAUUUAAAAAAAAAAAAUCUAAUAAAGACUAUAUUUCUCAAUCAUUGUAUUGGCGAACUAUAUAAUACUUCUAUGUAGAACAGUGGUUUUGAAGCAACACUAAAGACAUUCCCUGCUGUGUACUAUUAGUUACCUGUUCUCCAAUGCAGUAAUUUUGUUUACUGUAGUCACAUUCUAGUCAGAGAGGAGGAAGCUUUCUUAAGAAACCCACUCUGGAUCUCCUGUUGAUGGAUAAUUAUAAGUCAGUCUGCAACCUUCCAUGGCUGGGUAAGAUGAUUGAGAGGAUGGUGGUUGACAAGCUCCAACCAGUCUUGGAGGAAACCGAUUGUCUAAACCCAUUUCAAACUGGCUUUAGAACAGGCUGUGUGGUUGAGACGGCCUUGGUCGGCCUGAUAGAUGACCUUAUCCAGGCAAUUGACAGAGGGAGUGUGGCUCUGCUGGUUCUUUUGGAUCUCUCAGCUUUCAAUACCAUUGGCCAUGGUAUCCUUCUGGAUCACCUGAGGGAUUUGGGAAUAGGAGGCACUGUUUUACAGUGGUUCUGCUGCUAUGUCUCAGGUAGAUUCCAGAUGGUGGUGUUUGGUGACAGUUGCUCUUCAGAACAGGAGGUACUAUAUGGAGUCCCUCAGGGCUCCAUUCUGUUACCAAUGCUUUUCAACAUCUACAUGAAACCACUGGAUGAGGUCAUGGGAUUUGGUGCUGGGUGUUAUCAAUAUGCUGAUGAUACCCAAAUCUAUUUCUCCUUGUCAUCAAUAUCAGGAAAUGGCAUUAGUCCCUUAAACGCUUGCCUAUAGACAGUAAUGGGCUGGAUGAGGGAUAAUAAACAGAAGCUGAAUCCAAGCAAGAUGGAGGUGCUCAUUGUUGGAGGUCAUAAUCUGCAAGAUGGGAUAGAACUUCCUGCCCUGGACUAGGUUACACUUCCCCAGAAAGAAUAGGUUUGUAGCUUGAGAGUCAUCUUGGACCAGGAUCUCACCCUGGUGCCUCAGGUCAAGGCUGUGGCCAAGAGUGCUUUUUAUCAGCUUUGGCUGAGAAGACACCUCUGCCCCUUCCGUGAAGAGGAUGACCUCAAAACAUUGGUACAUCAGCUGGUAACCUCCCAGCUAGACUACUGCAAUGCACUCUAUGUAAGGCUCUCUUUGUAUGUCAUUCAAAAACUUCAGUUAGUUCAAAAUGCAGCAGCCAGAUUGGUCUCUGGGAUAUCCUGGAGAGACUACAUCAUGCCUGUUCUUAAACAGUUGCACUGGCUGCCAAUAUAUUUCUGGGAAAGAUACAAGGUGCUAGUUAUUACCUUUUAAAGCCCUGAAUGGCUUAAGCACGGGUUACCUGAGAGAAUGUCUUUAUCUACAAGAUCCCCACCACUCAUUAAGAUCAUCAGGAGCGGUCGUCUUCAGGUGUGAUUGGUUCAUCUGGUGGUGAUCUGGGAUUGGGCCUUUUCAGUUGAUGCACCCUAGGUUGUGGAACGUGCUCCCCAUGGAUAUAAGAGGGUGAUCUUUUUUGGAGUCUUGUAAAGUAGAGUGUGCCAUCAAGUCGAUUUCGACUCCUGGCGCCCACAGAGCCCUGUGGUUUUCUUUUGGUAGAAUACAGGAGGGCUUUAUUAUUGCCUCCUCCUGUGCAGUAUGAGAUGAUGCCUUUCAGCAUCUUCCUAUAUCGCUACUGCCUGAUAUAGUACCAGCAGGGAUUCGAACCGGCAACCUUCUGCUUGGCAGUCAAGCAUUUUCCCGCAGCACCACUUAUGGUGACCCUGGAGACUUGUAGGAGAGCCUUAAAAACCCAUCUUUUUAGCCUGGCUUUUAAUGAUGUCUAUUUUUAAUUUUAAUCUGGUUUAAAUGUGUUUUUAUUUUAAUUGUUUUAUUAUGUGUUUUUUAUUUUAAUGUAAACUGCCCUGAGCUGUUUUAGGAAAGGCGAUAUAUAAAUUGAAUGAAUGAAUGAAGUAAAAUAAGUAGUGUUGCCAACUCUCCAGGACUACUAGCCUGGGCUCUCCAGGAAUCAUUAUCCAUCUCCAGGGGACUAAAAGCAAUCCUGGAGGCUUUAAUAGCCUGAUAUUGUAAAAAAUGUUGUGGGGGGUGGAGUACUGGGGUGGGAGGAACGCUCCAGGAAUAGCUUCAAUUGGGGGUGACAACCCUUAGGAGGAAGGGGAUAUGCCUGGGCUGUUCCUUGCCCUUCCCUGUUCCUUGUUCUCUCACUUGCCACUCAUUGGUUUGCUCCUCUCAGCUGGGUCUUGUGACCCAGUCCAAUAUGUGGAACUACAACAUGUGGGGCGCCUAUUAGAAUGGUCCGCCUGAAGAGGUUAUUGGAUCUAGUAGGAUUCCAAGAAGCCUUGGAGGGAUUCAGUGUUGGCUCUGCUGGUGAUCCUGUUGAUGACCUUGUUGAGAAUUGGAAUAGCUUGCUCACCAGGGCAGUAGACACAAUUGCUCCUAAGCAUCCCCUCCGACCUGCUUCAAAAUUGGUCCCUUGGUAUACGGAAGAUCUACGGGGGCUGAAGUGGCAAGUUAGGCGACUGGAGCGCAAGUGAAAAAGACUUGACUCGAAUCUGACAGAUUAUGACAUGGAACACAUCUAAAGAUCUAUGCUCAGGCAAUACGUACGACAAAGAAGCGGUUCUUUUCUGCCCGUAUUGCCUCUGCGAGUUCAUGUCUGGCGGAGUUGUUCAGGGUUGUGAGGGGACUAGUAUCUGCCCCCCCCCCCCCCCCGAAUCAGAACUUGGAAGCAUCAGUUACCCGCUGCAAUGUGUUUAAAGAAUUUUUCACAGAUAAAAUCUCUCGGAUUUGGGCCGACCUAGAUGGAGACUCCACAAUUAAUUUGAUGUCUGAACUGGAGGUGUCCAACUAUUCCUCUUAUGUGAUUCGACUGGAUCAGUUUCAGUUUGUGACUCCUGAGGAUGUGGACAAACUGCUUGUGGUGAUGAGGCCUACCACUUGCUCUCUUGACCCUUGUCCAACAUGGCUUGUUCGAUCUAGCAGGGAGGUUGUUGUAGGCGGCCUGGUGGUAAUCAUAAAUGUUUCUCUGAGGGAGGGCAGGAUGCCUCCUUGUCUUAAGGAGGCAAUUAUUAGACCUCUUCUAAAGAAGCCUGCAUUAGAUCCCUCAGAGUUGAACAAUUAUAGGCUUGUUUCCAAUCUCCCAUGGCUGGGCAAGGUAAUUGAGAGGGUGGUGGCCUCUCAGCUCCAAUUGGUCUUGGAGGAAACUGAUUAUCUAGACCCAUUUCAAACUGGUUUUCGGGUGGGCUAUGGGGUGGAGACUGCCUUGGUCAGCCUGAUGGAUGAUCUCCAAUUGGCAAUGGACAGAGGAAGUGUGACUCUGUUGGUCCUUUUGGAUCUCUCAGCAGCUUUUGAUACUAUCGACCAUAGUAUCUUUCUGGAAUGUCUGAGAGUGUUGGGGGUGGGAGGCACUGUUUUACAGUGGUUCUGCUCCUACCUCUCAGACAGAUUUCAGAUGGUGGUGACUGGAGAUUGUUGCUCUUCAAAAUCUGAGCUUAAGUAUGGUGUCCCUCAAGGCUCCAUACUUUCUCCAAUGCUUUUUAACAUCUACAUGAAACCGCUGGGAGAGAUCAUGAGGGGAUUUGGAGCUGGAUGUUACCAGUACGCUGAUGACACCCAGAUCUACUUCUCCAUGUCAACCUCUUUGGGAGUUGGCAUAUCCUCCCUAAAACGGGCCUUCUCAGCUGCUGCCCCAAGAUUGUGGAAUGCGAUCCCUACUAAGAUACGAGCCUCCCCAUCUCGGGCAAUUUUUUUAAAACUUCUGAAAACACAUCUCUUCAACCAAGCUUUCUCAGCUUUUAAAAACUGUUUUUAAAUUGUUUUGGUUAUUUAGUUGGUGUUUUAUGAUGUUUUAAUUGUUAAUUAUUAUUUUAUGCAGUUUUAUAAUUUCUGUUUUAAUUGUUAAUUGAUGUUAAUGGUGUUUUAAUGUAAACCGCCCUGAGCCUUUUGGAAGGGCGGUAUAAAUUUUUUAAUAAUAACAAACAAACAAAUAAAUAAAUAUGCACCUUG